GUAAAGAUAUGGUUCCAAAAUAGACGCAGUAAAUACAAGAAAAUGAUGAAAGCAGCACAAGGAGGUCCCGGCGGUCCUGGAGCUUCACUGGGCGGUCUAGGCGUUCCUGGUGAACAAAGUCCUCCAGGAAAUAUUCCCGGCAUGCAUGGAGGAAGUAGCAGUGGAUCACCACACUAUCUCGGUACGUCAGGAGGUCCAGGUGGCGUGGGCGGUCCAGGUGGUCCCGGUGGUCACAGCCCCACACCUUCAUCCACCCCUGUAUCGGAGCUGUCACCAGGGUUGAGUCCGCCGGGAGUACCCUGGGAUCACAAACCUCCUCCCGGUCCACCUCAGCAACCGCCACAACCGCCACAGAUGGGCGGAUAUGUUCCGCAGUACUGGUACCAGCCGGAGUCAAAUCCAGGACUUCUGACGUAA